GUCGUAUCCAACAUGGCGGCUGCCUGCUGACUCGCCGAGUUGGACGUGUGAGAUCAACUCCCUGAAAAGAAUUUAUUUGCUCUCCUGCGCGCUGCAGAUCUAGGAAGUGAAUUGCUUUUCCAGGAUGAGUAGGAAAAGAUUCCAAGGAGGAGAUUAUCCUCCUGCCAAGAGAAGGCGAUAUGCUGUGGAACCACAGGCACUGGAAGUUGAAGAUGGCUUGGAGUCUCUUCUGGUCAGGGUUGGAGAAAAGAGUAGCAGCUCCCUGGAGAGGAAUCUGGAGACUUUGGUGGGAUUGCUGGAGCAGGAUCUUGAAGCUUACAAGGCCAAGAUCAUACAGAUCCUGCUCGAUUGCAUCAUUCGCAUGCCAGAGAAAUCUUCUAUAUAUGCAACUCUCAUUGGAUUGAUUAACAUAAAAAACUACUCUUUUGGGGGAGAGGUGGUGGAAGCCUUGGUGCGACAGCUGAAAGAUGCCAUGAAAGCAUGUGAAUGGGAAAAGGGCAGGUAUACAUUUCGCUUCAUCUGUGACUUGGGCAACACUCGGGUCUUGGCACUUUCGUCCGUCGUCCAACUCAUGGAUUCCUUUGUUCAGAGCGGUUCUGAAAAUGAUGUACCUCAAGUGCGGAAGGACUGGUUCAUCUUCACGGUCUUGGGGAGUCUCCCAUUUGUUGGGAAAGCACUUUUCGAGAAGAGAAGUGGUGAUCUGGAUCGCAUCCUCUCCAUGAUUCAGUCUACAUUAGAGAAGAGGAAGAAGACUCACGUCGGAGGGCUCCGCGUCUGGUUGUCAGACGAUCCACACCCUCAGGAAGAGUAUUUGGACUGCCUCUGGGCCCAAAUAGUCAAGUUGAAGGGUGAUGGGUGGGUUGAGAAGCACCUGCCCCACCCAUACAUGUCCUUCCACAGUGUUCUUUCUGAGGGUGUAACUCACAAUCUUCCCACCAUCAUUCCCCCGCCGCAUCACGCCGACCAUUCUGCUGCCCAGCUCCUGUUGUUCCCCUAUCAGGGAGGAGGGAAGGUGCCAUUGGAAUACAUGGUGGUGGAGGUGAUCAUCUCGGAGCUCCUCGGUCUCCCUUCUUCCCGCUACCUCGAGGUCUUCUAUGGGAGUCUCCUCAUCGAACUCUGCACUCUGCAACCGUCAACCAUCCCUCAAGUCCUGGCCCAAGCCACAGAGAUGAUCUUCUCUCGAAUUGAAACCAUGAAUGUUGACUGCAUCCAAAGAUUCUCCUCCUGGUUUGCCUAUCAUUUAAGCAACUAUCAGUUCCGCUGGAGCUGGGGUGAAUGGCAGGAUUGUCUGUCCUUGGAUUCCCUUCAUCCAAAGCCUGUUUUCAUUCAGGAAACCCUUGCCAAAUGCCUCAGAUUGGCAUAUCUUCAGCGUCUCGUUGAGGUCACUCCGGAGUCCUUUGCACCUCUUCAUCCACCAAAAGCAGAGCCAGUUUACAAGUACACCCAGGAAAGCGCCAGCAGUCUGCCAGGGACCACAGCAGCUCACAACCUUUUGGCAGCCAUUAAGCAGAAAUGCACACCAGAUGAAGCCUUGAAGGUCCUGGAAGACCUGCCGAACCCCCUGACCGUCGACGGAUCCGGCGAUCCCCCGUACCAUCCACUCCAGAUCGAGGUCUUCACUCAGACGCUCCUUUACCUUGGGUCCAAGACGUUCUCGCACUCGUUUGCAGCCAUCACCAAGUUCCAUCCUGUUCUCAAGACGCUCAUUCAGACGGAGGAUGCCCAAAUAUGCUUGCUGAAGAAUCUCCAUCAAGUUUGGCUGAAACAUCCACAGAUGCAGCUGGUCCUCAUUGACAAGCUCCUCAAGACGCAGAUCAUCGAGUGUGCAGCUGUGGCAAACUGGAUCUUUUCACGGGAUAUGGCUCCUGAAUUCACCAGAAUGUAUGUUUGGGAGAUCCUACAUAUGACCAUAAGCAAGAUGAGUAAGUAUGUGAAAAAGCUGUCUCAAGAGGUGGCAGAGACCAAGGAGAAGCUCAAGAAAUUGGGUGAAGAGAGUGAGGAAAGUGACAAAGAGGGAGAGCCAGGAGAUCAGCGACCAACAGAGGAUGCACUGGAAAAGCUGGAGGAAAAGCUCGAGUCUGCACUUGCAGAUCAGAAGAACCUCUUUCUCAUCGUCUUUCAGAGGUUCAUCAUGAUACUGAGCGAGCACAUCGUCCACUGCGACACGGACGGGAAGGACUUCCACACCUGGUGGUACUUCUGGACUCUUGGACAUCUGAAACAAGUCUUUAUGCUGCACGAGGAGCAGGUGAACAAGUGCAAGGACACCCUGGAGACUCUUCUCUUCACUCCCGAAUUGGAUUCCAACAUCCUGGAGGUUUCAGACAUGGAUUUGUGUAUACUGUAUUUCCUCCUGCCCCUACUUCUCGCAUCUGCAUGGGGGCAGAAAAGGGUGGUCUGCUACUGGGGGACGUGGUCCAUCUACCGUCCCAAUCAGGGGAUGUUCGACCUGGAGCACUUCCGGACGGAGCUGUGCACCCACGUGGUUUACUCGUUUCUGGGGAUCGAGGAGGAGUCGCUCCUCCUUACGUCUAUCGACCCGAAUGCGGAUCACAAUCAAUGCGAUGGGGGAGAGAAAGAUCUCAUUCGGGGGUUGGUGAGAAGGAGGGAUGAGACCGGAGGAUUUGCGGUGAUGUUGGGGAUCGGCGGGUGGAACGAGGCGUCCCCUAAGUGGACGAGGAUGGUCGAGACCGCAGAGAGCCGGAAGAAAUUCAUUCACAGCGCGAUCCGCACGGUGCUGACGUUCGACGCGGACGGCGUGGACCUGGACUGGGAAUACCCGGGCUUGAGAGGCGGCCGGCCCGUGGACAAAGCCAACUUCCUGCAAUUCGUGAAGGAACUGAGCGCAGCGUUGAAAAGCAUCCCGAGGCCUGAGGGGAAGGAGAGCCUCAUCCUUUCCAUGGCCGUCCCACCGACCCAGGCGCUUCUCGACCCCGGCUUCGAUUUCACGACUUCAGGAGAUAACCUAGCCACCCACGUAGACUUCUUGAAUGUGAUGGCCUACGAUUACUACACGUGCGACCCCCGAUUAGAGUCAUGCCUCAUCGGACCUCAGGCCGCUCUCUACGAGGGACCAGGCGAUCCCCCAGAAAACGUGAAAUUCAACGUCGAAAGCACGGUGGAGAUGUACACCGGCCUCGGAGUCCCGGCCAACAAACUGGUGCUCGGAAUCCCCUUCUCCGCCCGCACCUACAAACACUCCGCCGAAACUCCCGAAUGGUACAUGGAGGUGCAGGACGCCGGCGCCGCUGGCCCUUACUGCACCCAGGCCGGCUCUUACUGCUACGCCGAGGUAUGUGAGACCCUGGAGGAUAACCAAUGGACCGCGGACAUGGACCUCUUCCGCAGCGUCCCAUUCGCCUACACCACCGACACGUUCAUGUCCUACGAAAACAUCGAAAGCGUCUCCUCCAAGGGUGAUUUACGCGAGGGGACCAUCACGUGCACCACUGCUAACCGUGAUAUUGCGCGAGUUCGGCUGGCAACCCUGUCUCCGCUGACACACGACGCCCUCCUUUCGUCUCCCCACCGUUGUCCAGAAUGGAUCUGUCAGCUGCAACGGCCAAAAGGGAACUGGGAAGGCCUGGAGGCAUUUCAUCGUUACCUUUGCCGAGCGACGCGCAUGCGCAUUGAGGGCCGAGCGACGCGCGUCGAGGAAUGA